AACCUUAAGACGCUCUUUUUUUCGGCUUACUGUUUCGUUGGCCCCAGACUUCUCCUGGUAAUGGCUGUUGCCCUGAAAUCGACGGCCAGCUUCCUCCAGCUAAAGAAACCCGAAACCCAUUCUCUAAAUCUGCUUUCAUUCCAGAAAUCAUCAGUUUCAGUCAAGAGGUUCGCUCCAAUGGCUUCCCUCAUCUCUGCUCCAGCUGUUGGUCUCGCCGAGACCUUCUCUCGGUUGAAGAAAGACGGCAAGGUGGCAUUGAUCCCGUACAUCACAGCUGGUGAUCCUGACCUUGCAACAACUGCUGAGGCACUGAAGGUGCUCGACUCUAGUGGAUCGGACAUAAUCGAACUUGGUGUACCAUACUCUGAUCCAUUGGCAGAUGGUCCAGUCAUUCAGGCUGCAGCUACACGCUCUUUGGCUAGAGGAACCAACUUCAAUGCAAUUAUUUCAAUGUUGAAGGAGGUGGUUCCACAAUUAUCCUCUCCGAUUGCUUUGUUCACAUACUACAACCCUAUCCUUAAGCGUGGAGUGGAGAACUUUAUGUCCACCAUAAAUGACGUGGGUGUACGAGGGCUUGUGGUUCCAGAUGUUCCCUUAGAAGAGACUGAAACUUUGAGAAGCGAAGCUAUCAAAAAGAAUAUCGAAUUGGUACUGCUUACCACACCAACUACUCCAACAGAACGAAUGAAAGCUAUUGUUGAAGCGGCUGAAGGAUUUGUAUAUCUUGUCAGUUCAGUUGGAGUUACUGGUGCCCGAGCAUCUGUCAGUGAUCGGGUUGAGACUCUUUUAAACGACAUUAAAGAGGCAACAACCAAGCCUGUAGCGGUUGGUUUUGGUAUUUCAAAACCUGAUCAUGUAAAACGGGUAGUGGGAUGGGGAGCUGAUGGCGUGAUUGUUGGUAGUGCCAUGGUGAAGCUGCUGGGUGAUGCUAAGUCUCCUGAAGAAGGAUUGAAGGAGCUGGAAACUUUCACCAAAUCACUGAAAGCUGCCCUCCCUUGAGAACGUCAUAUAGAGUCAAUCUGAUUUGUUGUUUUCGACCAAAAGCUCCUUUGAAAUAUAUUUUUUUUCUUUAAAUAUCAUUUUAUGGUUGUGAGUUUGUGAAACAGAUUGUAGUUUUUCUUUCAAAGAUAUUCGAAUGCAAGGUAGCCCCUCAGAAAAUUUGUGAACCAUCCAUUCUCUUAAUUUGGUGUCUGCAUUCUUUAAAGUGUUGUGAGCUUUAAUUGGAAAACAAAUACAGCUAGGGUUUAUUCUGAAUUGUGGAAACUCAAUAACUGUUAGGAUAGAUGUAAAUUGAAUAUUGUAGUUUGGUUAUAUGGUUAAAGUCCUGAUGAAGACUUGUAUGAAUU